GGAAAAACAAAAUGGCUGCCAAUCUCAGUGUCGAAUAGGAUGUGUUUUUUAUUGUUCUUUGGCAGAAGUUGAGUUUGUUAUGCGAACACAGUUGUCAAUUGGACAGAAUUUUAUUUGUGAACGCUGUGUAGUUAUGUGAAAAAUAUUUUUUCAUAUGUAAAUCGAGUGCAACAUACAUAAUUUCCACGUAGAAAAAAUCAAGUCGACACGAUUUCAUGAAUCCGCAACGCCACUACGACAAAAUGGCGUUCUUGUGCGAGUAAUGAAUGGCAAAUUGGCCAGAAAGACGGGUUCAAGAGAAAAAUUUUUAAAUUCGCGAUUAUUUACCAUUCUCGUUAGGAAUUUUGUUGGAAAUCGAAAGCGUGCAUAGUUAAUUUCGUGAAAAUUAUGUAAAAAGUUCAUUUUUUGCAAUAUUGAAGUGGUUAUAGAGAAUUGUAUGUUGGAAAAGAGACACUUUGAGAUUUUCGCAUUUAUAUCAUGAACCAGGAAAACGAUGACGCCAGCAACAAGGAAGACGGUGGAAGUAACGCCUCAGACAACGACGAGACCAAGGAGGAUAGCUCCCAGUCGGAGAGCAACAGCAGUUCUUCCGGAUCAGACAGUGAUUCGGAGAGCUCAUCGUCCUCGUCGGCGUCCAGUGCAGGUUCACAGAGCGGCAAACCAGCUUCCAGCAAUGGUGCCAAGUCGGAUAACGCCAGUUCCAGCAAUGAUUCCGAGGACAGUACAAAUGAGAACGAUGACGAGGAGGAAUCUGCAUCGGAAAAGUCUUCGAGCGAGGACGAAGAGGAGAAUUAUGUACCAAAGAAAAACACACGUGCUGUGAAGAAGCCUCCUGAGCGGAAACGUACUAAGAAACGUAAAAAUUGGAAUUCAGAUACCAGCGAUAGUGACAGUGAUAGUGAAGACAAUUCCUUACAGAGUAAUAAUAAGCGAAAUGUCACCACCAAUAACAGAAAACGAGCUCCUGCCAAAAAGAAUGCCAGCUACACAUCAGAAGACGACGACGAUUCAGAUGACGGAGACAGAAGAAGUAGGGCGGCAACUCGUCGUACGGCUGCCGUGUCGGUGAGCUAUAAAGAAGCCAGUGAAGAUGAGAAAACCGACUCCGAGGACUUACUCGAGGUGGACUAUACUGAAGACACUACAAAUGAAGUGGAAAUGGACAAGUCGGAAACUAUCGAGAGAAUAGUCGGAAGACGUGUGGGAAAGAAAGGUGUAACGGGGAAUCAAACAACUAUUUAUGCAAUAGAGGAGAAUGGCGACCCGAACGCCGAUCUGAACGAGAAUGAUGAAACCGAGACACAAUAUCUAAUCAAAUGGAAAGACUGGUCACACAUACAUAACACAUGGGAGUCGGAGGAGUCCCUGAAAGAACAAAAAGUCAAAGGACUCAAGAAGCUCGAAAACUACAUAAAGAAGGAACGAGAAAUUGAGAUUUGGCGCCAAUAUGCCAGCCCGGAAGACAUUGAUUAUCACGAAUGUCAGAUGGAGCUGCAAAGUGAGUUGUCGAAAAGUUAUAACAACGUAGAUAGGAUAAUAGCGAAGAACAUCAAAGAAGAUGGUUCUGUAGAAUACUUCUGUAAGUGGGAAUCACUGCCCUAUGCCGAGGCGACAUGGGAGGAUGAGUCGCUCGUCACUAAGAAAUGGUCACAGAAAAUCGAGGAAUUCAACGAUCGGGAAAUGUCCCGAACGUCACCAUCCCGACAUAGCAAAGUUCUCAAAAAUCGGCCGAAAUUCCAUCCUAUAAAAGUGCAGCCCGAAUAUCUGGGUGAUGUUCUGCUGCUGCGAGACUAUCAAAUGGACGGCCUAAAUUGGCUGAUACACUCGUGGUGUAAGGAUAAUUCUGUGAUUUUAGCUGACGAAAUGGGCCUGGGUAAAACCAUUCAGACAAUUUGCUUUCUGUACUAUCUAUUCAAAAGUCAGCAUUUGUAUGGUCCGUUUCUGUGCGUAGUGCCGUUAAGUACAAUGACUGCUUGGCAGAGAGAGUUCCAAAUCUGGGCACCAGACAUGAAUAUUGUUACUUACCUUGGGGAUGUGCAGUCACGUGAAAUAAUUAGACAAUACGAGUGGUGUUUUGAAGGAACAAAACGCUUGAAGUUCAGCACUAUCCUGACGACUUAUGAAAUCCUGCUGAAAGACAAAGCAUUUUUAGGGUGUAUAACGUGGGCAGCAUUGCUGGUUGAUGAGGCGCAUCGGUUGAAAAACGACGAUUCCCUUCUCUACAAGACGCUUAAGGAGUUUGAAACGAAUCACAGACUGCUGAUUACAGGCACACCACUCCAGAAUUCACUGAAGGAGCUGUGGGCGUUGCUGCAUUUUAUCAUGCCUGAAAAGUUCGUCACGUGGGAGGAGUUCGAGAAGGAGCAUGGAAACGCUCAGGACAAAGGAUAUACAAAGCUUCACAAGCAACUGGAGCCGUUCAUUCUUCGGCGAGUCAAGAAGGAUGUUGAAAAAAGUUUGCCAGCGAAAGUUGAGCAGAUACUUCGAGUGGAAAUGACCUCGAUACAGAAACAGUACUAUAAGUGGAUUCUUACUAAGAAUUUUAAUGCGUUAAGGAAGGGCGUGAAAGGCUCACAGAGUACGUUCCUGAAUAUUGUGAUAGAACUGAAGAAAUGUUGUAAUCAUGCGGCAUUGAUUCGACCGAUUGAAUAUGAAGCGCAGCGAAUGUCACAAGAUGAUGCUCUGCAACAAAUACUGAGGGGAUCUGGCAAGCUGGUGUUGCUGGACAAGCUGCUUUGUCGUCUGCGCGAAACCGGUCAUCGAGUACUGAUAUUCUCCCAAAUGGUGAGGAUGCUUGAUAUCCUUGCAGAGUAUUUGCAGAAAAGACAUUUCCCUUUUCAACGCUUAGAUGGCAGCAUUAAGGGUGAAAUUAGAAGGCAGGCUUUGGAUCAUUUCAACGCUGAAAAUAGUGCGGACUUCUGUUUCCUGUUGUCAACAAGAGCGGGUGGUUUGGGUAUCAACCUUGCCACCGCUGACACCGUUAUCAUUUUUGAUUCCGAUUGGAAUCCUCAAAAUGAUUUACAAGCUCAGGCCCGGGCGCAUCGUAUUGGACAGAAAAAUCAAGUGAAUAUCUAUCGACUGGUGACAGCGCGAUCAGUAGAGGAAGAAAUCGUGGAACGAGCCAAACAAAAAAUGGUCCUCGAUCACUUGGUGAUUCAGCGAAUGGAUACAACGGGCCGCACCGUUUUAGAUAAGAAUUCCUCCUCCAAUACAACGCCAUUUAACAAGGAAGAUCUGUCCGCAAUUCUCAAAUUCGGAGCCGAGGAAUUGUUCAAGGAUGAACAAGAAAACGAUGAUGAUCUAGUCUGUGAUAUUGAUGAGAUUCUGCGACGUGCAGAAACUCGAAACGAAGAUCCUGAUAUGGCUGAUGAUGACUUAUUGUCCGCUUUCAAAGUUGCGAGUUUCGCGGCGUUUGAGGAAGACAAUCAUCAGCCGUCGCCUAUGAUGACGGAUACCGCCGAUCAAAAUAAUGAAGAUACGAAAGACUGGGAUGAUAUUAUCCCCGAGAAUUUCCGUAAAGUAGUGGAAGAGCAGGAGCGCAGUAAAGAAAUGGAAGACUUAUAUUUGCCCCCGAGAAGAAAAACUCAGCAGCAGGCCGACAAGGGCGCAGGCAAUCAGAAAGGCGAGCGAAGGAAGAAGACGUCGUCGGGGGCGGAGAGCGACGAAGGAAGUGAUGCAAGUGGGGAUGAUAAACCGAAGAAACGAGGACGUCCACCAGUUAAGGAGAAAAUUACUGGGUUCACAGACGCUGAGUUGAGGCGGUUCAUUAAAAGUUACAAAAAGUUUCCGGCUCCAUUGAAUAGGUUAGAAGCGAUAGCAGGUGACGCUGAGCUGCAGGAGAAACCGCUGGCGGAAUUGAAACGGAUAGGUGAAAUGCUGCAUGAUCGCUGCGUGCAAUUUUUGAAGGAGCAUGAAGACUUAGAAGCAAAAGGUGAUAACAAGACAACAGAGGACGGUAAUAAGAAACGGGCAAGCCGCGCCACUUAUUCAGUGAAAUUUGGUGGAGUUUCGUUCAAUGCGAAAACCCUUCUCGCCUGCGAGGAGGAGCUGAAUCCGCUAAAUGAAGUCAUACCUGCCAAUAUAGAUGAGCGACUAAAUUGGACGCUCGAACUUCAUACUCGCCCUGCCAAUUUCGAUAUCGAAUGGUCUGUCGCCGAGGACUCGAAACUUCUGUGUGGAAUUUACCAGUACGGAAUCGGUUCCUGGGAGGCUAUGAAAAUGGACCCUUCGCUAGGACUUGCCGAAAAAAUUCUUCUGAAUGACUCAAAGAAGCCACAGGCGAAACAUUUGCAGUCACGAGCAGAAUAUUUACUGAAAAUUAUCAAGAAAAAUGUUGAACUCAAAAAGGGUGUGAUGCGACAGCGGAAGACGAGGAAGCAGAAAGAGAAGAAAGUGGAACCAGCGAAGCCAUGUGAGCCAAGCGGUAAUGAAGACUCAAUGACGAAUAGCGAACAAAAAGCCACGAAAGCUCGGACGGAAUCGGAGAGCGGCGUGGCUGGGAAUGACCAUCCACUGAAGGAGAACGAGGAGUCGAAUAAUGCAAAUGACGUGAAAAAGCCGCGGGCGAAACACAACAACAAGGAAACAAAAAAGACUAGAAAGAAGGCCACUAACAAGCCAAUGCACUUCACUGCGAAUAAUGAGCCCCGAGCGCUGGACGUUCUGGGCGAUUUAGAUCCAUCCGUUUUCAACGAGUGCAAGGAAAAGAUGCGACCAGUCAAGAAGGCACUAAAAGCUCUGGACAACCCCGACCUGACUCUUUCGAAUCAGGAACAAGUAAAUCAUACUAGAACCUGUCUGUUGAAUAUUGGUAAGCAAAUUGAUGUUUGUCUUGAAGAAUACAAAGAUCCGGAAAAAAUCAAGGAGUGGCGCAGCAAUCUUUGGUAUUUUGUGUCCAAAUUCACGGAAUUCGAUGCGAAGAAGCUAUUCAAGUUGUACAAACACGCGCUGAAGAAGAGCGAAGAGAAGAAAGGCGGCGGUGGUGGUGGCGACAAGAGCAAUAGCAAUGAAAAUGCGGAGAACAAGCAGAAGAACAAUAACAGUCCAAUAAAACGGAAAAAACCAGUCGAGAAUGACGAUAAGCACAAAGAAAGCAGCGGAGAGAAACGCAAGAAGACCGAGGAUUCUACAUCGCAGGGUACACCGAGCGGAGGAAAAUCAUUCGAAACUCCGAAGAAAGGUGAAAAUGCCAAACGAAGGCACGAUGAGAACAAUGUAAGCAGUGAUAGCGGUGGUAAAGAUUUCAAGAAAUCGCACAAAGAUUCGAGAAGUAGAAUGGCCGGCGAAAAAGGAGGAGACGGUCGCAAGUGGGACGAAGGCUACGGCUGGGAUGGAAUGAAAUCUUCAAAUCUACCGACCAUUCCAAUGCAACAGCGUAUGGGCGUGAAUCCUCGAAUGCCACCACAACAAAUGUAUCCGGAUGGACGGCUCGGUGUUCCCGGUGGCUAUCCGGAAAAUGAUCGAUGGCGAGAUCGAGAGAGGUAUCCUGAUUACAAGCGUGGAGGAGAUCGAUAUGACGGAUACAAUCGAGGUCCUUAUCCGCAUGGUUACCAUCGCGAUCACAGAGAUCGUGAUAGGGAUCGAAGGCCAGAUAAACGAAGAUACCCAGCUCAGCCCGGGGGCUACGGUGUAGGGGGCGGUCAUUAUAUGCCUUCCAACUACUACGUAGGUAACGGUGUGGGAGGUCCAAAUCCAUAUCGCGAUCGGUACAUGCCCGAUGAAUGGUCUCACGACCGGGGAGACUAUUCGGACUAUAGACGCGGCGAUUAUGAUCGUAGGCAGCCAUCACAUUCGAAUUCGUAGUAGAAAGUGAUCGAAUGUACCCCAAGAGCCGAGUUUCUGAAAUAUUUCCACAUAGCGCGUGUGUCUCAUCGCCCCCACUCAUUAGUUCGCCACUGAAAAUAGUCCUAUAGAGAGCCAGAAAUAAGAAACAGAAAUGAACAACUUGGAGGAAUGUUCAUUCUCCGCUGUUACAUAAGAUUUCUUUUUAAUUUCAUCAAGAUUAUGAAUAGAAUCUAAUAAAUAAUGAUUACAAUGUAAAUUAUGAAACUCUUAGAAUCUAGAGUAGAAAAGGAGCUAGUAAUUUUAACGGUUAAUUGCUAUAAUCAUGCGAGGUAUUUAACAUAACAAGAAAAACGAAAAAAUGUGAAAAAAUUAUGCAGCAGUGUCUAUUCUUAAUAAGUCCUAGGGAUAAGUUGAAAACCACAAGAAAUACGCGAAUUAUGGUAGUAAAUAUUCUAAACAGGCGGAAGUCAAGGAAGAGCAUUUCCUGUUUGUUUUUUUCUUUUAUAUUUUCCUUCCCCCCCACUCAUUUGCCUUUUGAUUUUAUUUAAACAUUCUCAUGAAAGUCAUGUUUUUCACUCCCCCCCUCCCCCCAUUGUUGUAAAUGAUUACGCUACACACAAAAUAUAUGUAUAUCACGGAUGAACUCACAAACAACAGUUUGGAGAGAGAAUAAAAUUGUUUUCCUAAUGAAUAGGAAGGAGGACAAACAGGAUGGAAUCGUUACUCCCCCCCUUUUUUUUAUACAGUACGUUAUUUAAGAAUAUUCGAUUUGAUUUUAGUUACAAGUUAGAGAGAGCCACGAAAAAGAAGGAAUUAAGGUUACUAUAACUAUCAAUACAUAGUUUAGUCAGAUAACUAAUUGUAAGCAUUAAUUAUUGACUGUAGUUGAGAGAAACAGAUACAAAAGAAGUAAAAUAUUGUACUUUAGAAUAUUAAUAUUAUUGCCUUGUAAAUAUUCGAUUAAGAGAAUGUUCUUUUCUGUAUAUAUAUUUUAAAGAAAAAGUACAUUUAUAUUCAAUCAUGAA